CCAAAUCGGCGUUCUUCGUAUUCUAUCGCUUGUUGCCCCAAUUCGUUGAAGCGAGAGAGAGAGAGAUCGAUAAUGUCGGGCCGCGGAAAGGGAGGAAAGGGGCUGGGAAAGGGCGGCGCCAAGCGCCACCGCAAGGUCCUCCGCGACAACAUCCAGGGGAUCACCAAGCCCGCGAUCCGCCGACUGGCGAGGAGGGGCGGCGUCAAGCGUAUCUCCGGCCUCAUCUACGAGGAGACCCGCGGCGUCCUCAAGAUCUUCCUCGAGAACGUCAUCCGCGACGCAGUGACCUACACCGAGCACGCCCGUCGCAAGACCGUCACGGCCAUGGACGUAGUCUACGCCCUCAAGCGCCAGGGCCGCACCCUCUACGGCUUCGGCGGCUAAACUUCAUCGAUGCCAGAUGCUGCAAGGGAUUAAAGGAAGCAUCUUGUCAGAUCGUCUAUUGUAUCCUAGGAAAAUGAACCUCGAGUGUGCUUUUAGUUUUGUUCCGUCGAAUGUUGAUAGAUGUGGUUUUCAACUUUUCCUUAGAAGCUAAUGGAACUUUGGUUUGGCGUAGCAA